GUUUAGCAGGGGAGGCGCAGCGUAUGAUGUGAUUAUUGAAACCACAGCCAAUAAUGGUGCCUGGAUCGGUGCUCUUGUCUUAGCAUGCGCAUCAGCAUCGGCUUUCCUUGGUAUCCUGAAUCUUUUGUUGGACACUCUACCAGAGUAGGCAAUUGGGAGGAGUACCUUAUUUAUGCUGAAAGACUAUUUGGACUUAUUGGAGGUACAACGUCGUCAUUGCCUUCGUCGUGUCUCCUUUGGCAUCCCGGACUUUUUAUUGUACCUUAUAUUCUCGCUGUUUGUGACUACACCUCGGCGGUUCUUCUUCAACACGCUGAGGUAUGUAUCGCGUCCUAUCUAUGUUUCGAUUCUCUCUUCCUAUAUUUCUCUGUGGACUCGUCUAUUAGGUACCGUGAAUGUUUAGCGGUUCUUCUUCAACACGCUGAGACUCGUCUCUUGGUCACUUUCCUACAGUACUCAGGCUAGUAGCACUGUGUAUGUACGAACAGG